CAUUAACAUAUUUCAAGUACUAGAUCACAUCAAUUAUUGAAAUAGACUAUGGCACCUUUUCAAAGAAUGCAAGAUCGACGUGUUGUUACAGUGGGAAAUCCUGGUGGUUUAAACGAAAGAUUUGGCCGUCUUGAACAAUCAACUUCAUCACAACCAACAAAUGUUAAACGAUCAGUUAUAUCUAUGAAGCGAACCGAUAGUGUGUUUAGUCGUAUUUGUGCUAGUAACUCUAACAUAGUGGGCAAGAAGAACGACAGAUCCAGUAUCCAAAACAGACUUGGUAAAGUCUCUGGUGGCGGCAAUAUUCGAAAACGUGAUUUGAAGCAAAGUGUGAGAAGCAGACUCAGUACACAUGCUAUUGUUCGAAAUACUGGAUUGACGAAACGCGGAAAACAAACAAUGAAACCUCAGACAAGGGCACAGCAAAUUCGAUCAGGCAACAACCGAAAAAAAGCAAUAACAUCAGCAGCUCCUAACAAGAAGAAAACAAAUACAGGCAAGAAGGCUGUUUCGGCGGAUGAUCUCGACAAGGCACUGGACUCUUAUAUGAUGAAAGAUCCUAAAACGGCUCAAGCAAAAUUGGAUGACGAAUUGAAUACUUACAUGGAUGAAGCUGGUGAUGUAUUGAUGGAUUUAUAGUUUAGCUACAGUUGUCUUAUGUAUAUUGGAUUAUGGUACAACCGAACAAUUUUUCUUAGUGCUUGCUUUUCAGAAAAAUUGGCGAAUGCCUGGAAAUAAAAAAUUAGGGAUGAUGAUUUAACGAAUGAUCAGUGAUGGAUAGUAUGUGAUGAUGGAUGAUGGAUGUUAGACGGUGGAUGAAAUUAAAGAAAAGCUACGAUUGAUCUUGUUAAAUGGUGUAAAUAUUUGGAAUUCUCUUCUUAUAUGUGUAUGUGCAUUAGGUCCUCUUAAUUCGGUACCGUCUCAAGUGAGGUAUCAAGAAAAAAAGCCCUCAAUACCUGGUAUUGAUCAAUGAGCAGUACCGUCCCGACAAACAUCGCUAUUAAUAAAAUACUGAUCAAUACCAAUACUCCUUGUGGUAAUUCAACACAAAGAUUUAAAUCAGAAUUUAGAAUAUUGAUAAUCCGAUAGUGGAGACCAAGAUUACAGAAUAAUCUGAUAGUUUAUUUAUAAAAAGAG